AUGUCCAAAAAGGCCAAAGGAAAGAAGAUGGCCGACCCCAACGAGACGUCCAAGUUGCUGGCUGCCAAGAUCUCGCAAUUGGAACAGGAUGCGGCCGGGGAGAAGGAUCAGGAAGCCGAAAUAGAGCGGGAGGUGAAAAAAGCAACGCGAGAUCUGAAUCAACUGCUUAGCAAUAUCGAAUCGCCGAUGACUCGCCUUGAGACAGUCCACAAGAAAUAUACCGAGUUGCUAGCGGAGAUGAAAAAGCUUGACCGCGACUAUACGAAAAGCAAAAAAAGAGCGGACCAGCUGCAGAAAGACCAGGACAAGGGGAAGUCGGAGCUCAGCAAGACAGCUACUAUGAAGGACAAGUUGGAGAAGCUAUGCCGAGAACUAACCAAGGAAAACAAGAAAGUAAAGGACGAAAACAAGAAGCUGGAGGAAACCGAGAAGAGAGCUCGCAUGAUUGUUAAUGAACGUUUGAAUUCUUUACUCGUCGAUAUACAAGAUGUAAUGGCUCCCAAAGAGUCUCGGAAGUACGAGAAGAUGGAUAUCGACAUGGAUGAAGCGAUUCGUACAAAGAUCAAAACGAUUGGUGAAAAGUUCGAAUUGCGCGAAUUUCAUGUCAAGGCUCUAUUGCGCAGCAAGGAUGCAGAAAUCCAAAGCCUCACUGCUAAGUACGAAGAGCAGAAACGUGUGGCAGAAAGCGAAGCGUCGAGAUGCCGUGCUCUCACGGCACAGGUGUCGACUUUUUCUCACACAGAAGUCGAGCUCCGCAGCCAGCUCAAUAUAUACGUUGAAAAAUUCAAGCAGGUUGAGGAUACACUGAAUAACAGCAACGAGCUAUUUUUGACUUUCCGAAAGGAGAUGGAAGAGAUGUCAAAGAAGACAAAGCGGCUGGAAAAGGAGAAUCUCACGUUGACUCGCAAGCACGAUCAAACGAACCGCAACAUCUUAGAGAUGGCAGAGGAGCGGAAUCGGAAUCAGCAGGAGCUCGAAAAAUACCAGAAAAAGUGCCAUCAUCUUGAGGCGUUGUGUCGCCGCAUGCAAGAACAGGGCCGAGGGCACGGGUUUACAGGCGGCGACUCAAAUAAUGUUGAGCAAGCCAGCAUCGAAAAGCCCGUUUUUGGACCACCGCCUCCUCCGGCACUGGCAGAAGCGCGCACCAACGGCAACAAAAACAUUAUCAGUUUUUAG